AUGACAUGGCAUUUGUAUCAACAUGUUUCAUCCCUUGACCACUGGGUAAAAUCAGGAAGAGAGAACCAUAAACUUUCAUCGGCUUUGAUGGUUGAACAAUUACAUUUUUGGAAGGUCUGCAUUCAUUAUGGAUAUUGUGCAUCAUACUUUUCUGAUAUUUUCCCUACCUUGUGCUUGUGGCUGAAUCCACCUACAAUAGAAAAACUUGUACAGAAGAGUGUUCUUUGUGAAUUUGUUUCCAUCUCUAAGGAGGCAUACCUCGUUCUGGCGGCUUUGGCUAGAAGACUUCCAAAUCUCUUUUCACAGGAGCAUGCUGGUGACAAUACAGAGAUCUGGUCUUGGAGUUGUGUCGGUCCAAUGGUUGAUUUAGCUAUAAAGUGGAUAGCAUUGAAGAGUGAUCCGCACAUUUCUAAACUCUUUGAAUGGCAAAAAGGAACUGAAAGUGACUCUGUCUUCCACGAUAUUUCUGUAACUCCAUUGUUGUGGGUGUAUUCGGCUGUCUUGCGUAUGCUUUGCAGAGUGCUUGAAAGGGUGAUCCCAGAGGACAGUGACAACCUGCAUGGAAGUGUCGGACUUGUGCCAUGGCUGCCAGAGUUUGUUCCUAAGGUUGGACUCGAAAUUGUUAAAAAUGGAUUUUUGAGUUUUUCAGGUUCCUCAGCAUACCCGACUGGAGGUGGCUCGUUCAUUGAGGAACUAUGUCAUUUGAGACAGCAAAGUAAUUACGAAACAUCAUUAGCUUCUGUGUGUUGCCUUCACGGAGUUGUUCAGGUAGUUGUAAACAUUGAUAAGUUGAUCCGGCUAGCCAAGAGUGCUGUCCAUAGUCCUUCCCAAGAAUAUAGUGUCUCAAGAGAAGCUAAAAUACUUGAGAAUGGGAUACUCAAGGGUUCUAUGGUGGAAUUGAGAAAUCUGUUAAAUACUUUUAUGAAGUUGGCUGCUUCAGAGUGGCACAUUAUUCAGUCAAUUGAGAUAUUUGGUAGGGGAGGCCCUGCUCCAGGGUUGGGUGUUGGGUGGGGUGCAUCUGGUGGAGGAUUUUGGUCUGCUGCUGCUCUGUUGGGGCAAAUAGAUGCAGGAUUUCUUAUUAACUUGCUCGAAAACUUUCAGUUUGUGUCUUCUACAGGUACACCCAUGGUUGGAGAAAUGACCUUGAGUAUGCAAAGGAUAAACUCUGUCUUAGGUGUUUGUUUGACUGCUGGGCCAAGGGAUAGGUAUAUUUUCGAAAAGGCAUUAAAUAUUUUACUCCAAGUCCAUGUUCUAAAGUUCCUUGAUUUCUGUAUUCAGCGUUUCCUUCACCUUAAUAAGAGAUUUAAGCCCUCUGCGUAUAAAGAAGAGGACCUCCUGGUUUUCAGCAAAACAUUAGCUUCUCACUUCAGAAACAGAUGGUUGUCUAUAAAGGUGAAGUCCAAAGACAUGGUCAGAAAUAGUUCCUCUGGAAAUCAAACAUUUAAAAAGGGCAGUGUUGCUCUGGAUACCAUAUAUGAAGACCUGGACACAUCAAAUAAUAAGACAUAUCAAGAGUGUACUUCUUUAGUGAUAGAGCGGGCUCACCAGAGACUCCCACUUCCAAUGCAUUGGUUUUUGAGUCCAAUCUCAACCAUCUGUGAUGGCAAGUAUGCUGGCCUGCAAAUAGAUCAAACACAAAAUCUUGUGCAGGACCCUCAUGAUUUGCUUAAAACUGUGAAAGCUGGACUUUUCUUUAAUUUAGGCAUUGAAGCCAUGUCCACUUUCAAAUCCUCCGAUGCCCCCUCCCCUGUUCAGUGGGUACCUUUAGUUUGGAAAUUACAUUCUUUAUCUGUGAUCUUACUUGUCGGGAUGGGCAUGCUUGAAGAGGAGAAGAGCAGGGAUGUUUAUGAAGCGUUGCAAGAUAUCUAUGGGCAGCUUCUUGACCAAUCAAGAACGGGUAUAAGUGCUGACCUUAGUUUGGAGAAUAAUGUAGAUUUAUUAUCCGAAUCCAGAAAUAAAGAUAAUGCCAAGUUUCUAAUGUUUCAGUCAGAGAUACAUGAAAGUUACUCUACAUUUAUUGAAACUCUUGUGGAGCAGUUUUCUGCCAUAUCUUAUGGUGAUUCGAUCUUUGGCCGGCAAGUUGCAGUCUAUCUGCACCGUCAUGUUGAGGCCCCUACAAGACUUGCUGCCUGGAAUAUCUUAACUAAUGCUUGUGUUCUUGAUCUUCUACCACCUCUAGAGAAAUGCAUUGGCAAGGCCGAAGGAUACCUAGAACCCAUUGAGGACAAUUAUGACAUUCUGGAGGCUUAUGCGAAGUCAUGGAGUUCCGGUGCCCUUGACAGGGCUGCAGCUCUAGGAUCAGUUGCAUAUACACUAGUUAUCCACCACCUUUCUUCUUUCAUAUUUCACUCUCAUGCCGUUGAUCAGUUAUUGCUGCGCAACAAGCUUGUAAAAUCUCUUUUGCGAGACUAUUCCCGGAAGCAGCACCAUGAGGGAAUGAUGAUGAAUCGUAUUCGAUACAACAAGCCAUCCGCAUCUCAGAUGAGUGAUCAAAACGGUGGUUCACCGCUAGAGAGGAGCAGUGUAGAUAAGAAGAUGGAGGUAUUAACACAAGCUUGUGAAGGAAAUUCCACUUUGUUGACUGAGGUGGGCAAGCUGAAAUCCUCCUUGUAAAGAAAUAUUUAUGUAAUAAAUAUCCAGGAACAAAGGCCAUAUGUAGAUGUGCGAGAAAUAGUUGA